AUGCUCCUAUCAAACGUUGACCGUUGCUUGGUAGUUUCGGGAUUGGUCAAGUAUAGUACAAACAAUUUGAAUGAGAAGAGUCUCAAAAUGCUUGAAGAACAUGAGAUGGUGCAUAGACUGCCUCACUUAGAAAUGCCUACAAAAGUAUGUGAGGGUUACAUGAUGGGAAAACAACACAUGGAUUCAUUUCCUUCUGAAUCAACUUGGAAAGCCAAUGAUCCAUUGGAAUCGAUUCACACAUACAUCUGUGGUCCAAUGCAAGUUGAAUCUCACUUUGGAAACAAGUAUUUUCUGUUAUUCACAGAUGACUACACAAGAAUGACAUGGGUGUAUUUUUUGAGGUACAAAUCUGAUCCAUUUGAAUGUUUUAAAAAGUUCAAGGCAAUGAUUGAAUUACAAUGUGGUUAUAAGGUGAAAUGCAUUAGAAGUGAUAGAGGGGGAGAAUUUCUAUCUGCAGAAUUUAACAAGUAUUGCAAUGAUCUAGGAAUUCAGAGACAAUUGACUAUGGCCUACACUCCUCAGCAAAAUGGAGUGUCAGAAAGGAAGAAUAUGACUGUGGUGGAAAUGGCAAAGUCAAGGAUGCAUGAGAAGAAUCUUCCAUAUGUGUUUUGGGCAGAAGCAAUCAACACUGCAGUUUAUUUGCUUAACAGAUAUACUGAAAUGAGACUUCCUGUUAUCACUGAAAACCAGAAUGCUAAGGAAAUAUGUGAAAUUGGUGAAAGUUCCCAUUCUGAGGAAUACACUAUUCCUCAAAGUGAAACCAAAGAUGAUUCAUGGAGGAAGGCAAUGGAAUUUGAAUUGGAAAUGAUAGAGUCACAUGGCAGUUUGUUGAAAAACCAUUUGACAAGCCUCUCAUUGGUGUCAAUGGCAAGGUUGGACACCAUAAGAACCUUAAUUGCUCUUGCUGCACAGAAGCAAUGGAGUUUGUAUCAAUUGGAUGUGAAAUCUGCAUUUCUCAAUGGAGUGUUAAAAAAAGAAGUGUAUGUUGAGCAACCACAAGGCUUUGUGAAAGAGAAUGAAGAGAUAGGUGUACAAGCUGAACAAGGCACUGUAUGGAUUGAAAAGGCACCAAGGGCCCGGUAUGAUGAGAUUAAUGCCUACUUCAACAGUGCAGGCUUCAAGAAGAGCUCAAGUGAAACAACCUUGACUGUUAAAACAAGAGAAGAUUCAGGUAUCAUAUUGUAUCCUUAUAUGUAG